ACAAAAAAAAAAAAACCCCUUAAUGUUAAACUGAAACACGCAGACUUCGGGUGGAAAAAAAAAACAACACUGAAGCCUUUAUUUUCAGGCUGCAGGGACCCCCAAAACGAUGCUAAGACGCACGUUGGAGCCCCGAAUUGCAGAGUAACGCUGUGAGUGAGCGACAUGCAGGCUUGAUUUUAAUAACAGCGUUGCAGCUUCGGGUCGCAACACGCCUCGGGAGGGACAGAGAUUCGACCGUCUUUGAUUUUUUGUUUUUUUUAAAUGGCCAGCAUGCAUCCAAAACAACGGGUCGGGGACGGAACCGGAGCCACCAGUGCUGAAAUCCGGUUCGGUAAAGAUUCCGAGCCCGGUUCGACCGAGGAAUGGUGCGACAGCGGGCUCGGUUUCUUCAGCGGAACCGAGCUGAGCAUCGCUGAUGAGAUCGAGGCGGACUCGACCUGCUGCUAUUUUACCGCAGCCCCGGCGCUAAUCUAUACCGCUGCAACAGAGCAUGCAAUCUGGGGUCCGCACGAUUUCGGGGCUCCCGGAGCCGGCGAGUCCUGCCCUCUCUGGGGCUCCGGAGAGCGGCUGGAUUCGGCGGUCGGGGAUUCGGUUACGGAGGAAACCGCCGCGGAGAUGGGCCGUAUCACCGACGGUAUCGUGGCCAUCGAUCUGCGCGAUACAGCCGAUAAUGCUAAUCGAAUGCAUAUCGCUUCAAAUAAUCCCGACAGUGACAACAGGGCAGAGCAGCGCUGGGGAAAUCUGCAGCAAGUGCGAGAAGAAAUGAUCAAGACGCUGGCUUUCAUUUCUGAAGACGGAGACACGGCUCUCCACCUGGCUCUGAUCCACGAGCACACUGUGUUCCUGGACUAUGUCCUGGGAUUCCUGUCCUGGAGUGAGUGUGGCUCUCAAUACCUGGACAUUCAGAAUGACCUGAGACAGACUGCCCUGCACAUCGCAGUGAUAGUGAAUCAGCCAGACUCUGUUCGGAAGCUGCUCCUGGCCGGAGCGAGCCCGGAUAUUCAGGAGCGGGAAGGGAACACUGCGCUCCACAUCGCGUGCCGGGAAUCCAGGCUGGCGUGUGUGAUGGAGCUGACCUCCCACCCGCUGGGGCGCGCACAGCUCAAUAUCUACAGCUACACAGGGUUCUCUGCGCUGCAUGUGGCCGUUCAGAAGAAGGACGUGGAGAUUGUGAAGCUGCUGCUGGACGCUGGAGCCGACAUCACAGGGAGGGACCUGAGCUGUGGUCGCUCCGCGCUGCACCUGGCUGUCGAGGGGCAGAGCGCCGAGGUGACGGAGCUGCUGCUGCGCCGGGGCGCCCCCUCCAACCCCGUGACCUACGCAGGACAUACCCCGCUCUACAGUGCCCUCUACCGGCCCAGCGAGGAGGUGCGCAGGCUGCUGAGAGAACACGGAGCACAGGAGCCGGGACCAGAGCUGGACUGGGAGGAGGAGGAAGAGGAGGAGGAUGAGGGGGGAGAGGGGGGAGAGGGAGAGGAGGAGUUUGAUGAUCUUAUUAUUAAUGGGCACCGUGUCCUGUAACCACGGCCGGUCGCUACGGACACAAGCCCACUAAUCUCCAGACUGCCAUCGUAGUCCGGGUCACACCAUCAUCCACUUUAAGGGGGGGUUGUUCCUUACCAAAACCAGUCAUAAAAGCUUGGGAUGGGGGUAUCCUUGUGUUGUUGAGGAAACUGUGUCUCCUGGGCUGCCAUUGUGUCACUACUCUGCAGACCUGCUGAGGAGCUCACGGGAGUCCAAUUGAAACUCUGACAGGAUGCAGGUUCACAAAGCACUGCCAGCGCUUAGCAAGCAAGCAAUCUCAUUUCAGAAAGAUAUCAUUUAUAUAGCUCCUUUCACAGUGGACCGCUAUCACAAAGCACUUUAACAUCUCACCCGCAGGACGGAGCACAAGGAGGCGAAGUGACUCGCUCGGGGGUCGCACACAGCAAGUCAGUCAGUGGCAGAGGUGGGGUUUGAACCGGGGACUUUCCGGAGACAAGCCCGACUUUAACCGCUGAACCACACUGCAUGUUUCCAAAAAAAAAAAAAAAAAAAAAAAACAAAAAACAAACUUGGUAUCAGGAUUAGAUCGAUUUAAAGUUUGGCAGAAAUCCACGCAUUGAGUCCAGAUUUUGCAGACCUGUUACCUGGCAGCGCUUUGUGAAACCAGCCCAGCUGUGAGAGAAGCAGAGCUGGCUGUCCGUGUCGUUUCUUGCAAACGUUGAUGUUUGAUGUUUGAUGUUUUUUUAUCGUUACUUCAUACCGGAGAUUAGCUGAAGCUUGUGCCUAAAGCCAAGGAAAUACGAAUCCGCUCUCUCAUUCACAGCGGCUUGAAAGCUGGUCCCAGGAGAGCACUGGGAGACCUAGUUUGAGGUGCUGAAUCAAACCCAGAGUCUCCCCCGGUGUGCCGUGCAGGGCUACUCUCCUGAAACCAAACUCCAAGCCAGAAAGCAGCUUUGUGUUCCCUUAGCGUCAAUGACCGUGGUGCGUGUGUGUUUGUGUGUGUGUGUGUGUAUGUAUGUAUAUAUAUAUAUAUAUAUAUAUAUAUAUAUAUAUGUACUGUAUGCCCAUACCAGCCCUGUCUUGUAACUAAUGUAAGAAUCACAGUACCUAUGGCUUGCUGUCUGUUGUAGCUGCAUUGUUAAUGUAUGUUGUGUAUGGGUGUGUAUUGCCUAGUUCUCUCUGCUGUGAUUGGAGAAGAUGUUUCAGUGCCGUUGUAGUACAGUGCCCUCUUUAUAAAGAACACGUCACAUUUGUUUUUCAAGUCCCCUCCUCGCUGUCUUGCUGCAGAUCCUCCUCCAGUGUUAAGCUCGUCUUUUUCUAAAUCUGACUUUUUGUACGGCUUGGAGCUGCUUGUUGCGUAGACACGCUGGGGCUGAUCAAGCUGGUAGAAAAACCUGGACUGGGUGACACUGCUGUGCAACAGGAGUCCCAUCUUUGCAGUGUAAUUCCAGUCCGGUCGAACUGCAGUUACAAUGUAAUUCCAGUCAAUGCUGAAUCACUGGGAUCAUUUAAGACCCGGCUUGACAAAGUUCUGAGUUCAACCAGCUGCUCGGAACCGGACCCGCGCUGAUGGGCUGAACGGACUCCUCUCGUCAGAAUAGAGAUGAAGUUGACCGUAGGAGGGGUGGGAUCUGUAAGUAGAGCGGUUGAGGAGCGUGGCGGAGUGUGCAAGUGUAACGUGCUGAGGGUGAAGGCGAGAGAUCUGGUCUUGAGGAGUCAGCGAUUCCCGACGGGAACGGUGUUCUGGGAUGAGUUGUUGGGUCGCGUGGUUCUCGCCGUUGGUUUUUAGUUUCCUGCAGCCCAGUAGACGGGUCGGAAUCUUGCAAAGCGGACCUCGGACUUUAUUUUGUAGAAAAGGCUACCGCUGAAGAAAAAGUCGAGCUUUUUAAAACACUAUUGCUUUACACCAAUUAUUAGGUCAUUUAGCAGAUGUUUGUAUCCAAAGAGACUAGGAGGGGUGAACUCUGAGUUGGGAUUGAACUGGGAACCUCCUGGUAACAAGCGACGUAAGCAUUUAAAAUAACUGGUUAUAAAAUUCUCCAAAUAAAACGAUAAAGUAGGCGCAUAAUGGGUUAAAACCUUUUUUUUUUUUUUAAGGGGAAAUAUAAGCUAACCAAUGUAACUGUUCUGCUUCAUCUUAAAAUUAUAUUUAAAUAAAGCAAGAAAACCUUUUUUUUUUUUUUUUUUAACGUAGCUGAG